GACGCGGAAGUGUCUCUGUCUUUGCACCUGCUCCACUUCAGGAAACGGACCAGAGUUCGUUUUUACAGGCCAGUAGGUGAUGCAGUAGUGCUUUGGAGCAGGUGUCGGAGGCUCAGGAUGCAGUUGUUGGUGGCCAAGCUGCUCGGCAUGCUGGGAUUGUUCGGGCUCAUGCUGGGAGGAGUCCUGGUCCCCGUGCGCCUCCUGUUGGUGGACCAUGAUAAAGUGCAGAGGUACAGACGUUCACUGUCUCUGUGUAACGCCUUUGGAGGAGGCGUGUUCCUCGCAACGUGCUUCAAUGCCCUGCUGCCGGCCGUCAGGGACAAGGUGUCGGAGGUGUUCUCGGAGCUGAAGCUGACCUCAGAUUACCCUUUGGCUGAGACGAUGAUGAUGCUCGGCUUCUUCCUCACCGUCUUCGUGGAGCAGUUGAUUCUGACGUUCCGGAAAGAGCGGCCGUCGUUCAUAAACCUGGAGACGUUUAACGCGGGCGGCUCGGAGGCGGGCAGCGACUCCGAGUAUGACACGCCCUUCAUCUCUGGCCCCGCCCCCCGACACCACGGACACUCCCACUUCGACCCCGCCCACCUCGCUAGUGCCGGGCCGUUGCGCUUGAUUAGCCUCGUGCUAGCUCUCUCCGCGCACUCUGUUUUCGAAGGGCUAGCGCUCGGUUUACAGGACAACGGCUCCAAGUUGGGAAGCCUGUUUCUGGGCGUGGCCGUGCACGAGACGCUUGCCGCCGUAGCGCUCGGAGUUAGCAUCGCGAAAGCCUCGUUGGCGAUGAGAGACGCGGCUAAGCUAGGCGUGACGGUCAGCCUGAUGAUCCCGCUGGGCGUGGUGGUGGGGAUUAGCAUCGAGUCGGCGCAGACGUUAGCGGGGAGCGUGGUGUCCGUGGUGCUGCAGGGUUUGGCGGCGGGAACGUUUUUGUUUGUGACGUUUUUUGAGAUUUUGUCGCGGGAGUUGGAGGAUAAACAGGACCGGCUGCUCAAAGUGCUGUUUCUGGUCCUGGGCUACGGGACGUUAGCCGCGCUCGUUCUGGUCAAAUGGUGACGACAAACAAAGCGACAAACUCUAAAAUAAACCAAAGAAAGCAGCUAAAGCUCCACUGAGGGAAUUCAUUAAAGGGAACCUAUUACGCAACUUUGUGAGGUUUUAAUGUCGUUUCCUCGUCGCACACAGACCUGGAGCUGUGUUUUGCUUCAUUCACACAUGUUUAACACACAAACCUGCAGAUUAAAACACUAUUAAACACUCUGUUCCACCUUGUGAUGUCAUCAUGUGGCAAUACAGGAAGUGCUCCGUUGUGUUUUUAAACUCCACCUUCACUAGAAUCAUUUGGAUGAUUUUAGACCUUCAAUUACAAUCUCUACACAAAACAAAAACAAAAGUUAUAAAAGGAGCUGUUAACAACUACCACUUGGUGACAUCACAAAGUGGAACAGAGCGUUUUGAGCUUUGUAGAUGUAACAGACUCAUAAUAAAGUAAAUAAAUAAACAAAACACAGGUCCAGGUCUGUUUUUGAGGAGAGAACAGCAUUAGAACAUGACUUAAAGCUCACAGGGGUCACUUUUUGCGUAAUAUGGGCCCUUUAAACAGACCUGAGAGCGGAGGGGCUGUGUGAAAGGGACAAGUCAAAGUUGCUGGUUCAAAUCUGCCUUAUUUCACAUUCUUUAUGGUAAAUUGUCACAUUUUUCUAUAGCGCUUUUCCACCUUCAAGGCACACACUGAGGGCGAGGUGGGUUAAGUGUCUUGCCCAAGGACACAACGACAGCAUUCAUCCGUGUGAGCUAGAAUCACACCGCCAACCUACGGAUCAGUGGACAAACACUCUACCAACUGAGCCACUGUCCAACCUCUUUAGUGAUGAAUUUGAACAACACGCUUUCCUUAUUCUGUACGCUUCUCCACAAAUCUGACCCGUAACCUGCCGUUAUGACGUCACCUGCUCGUAUCCUUCGCCAGAAAAGCGACGUAGUGCAGCUUUAACGCGCGAGAUUGUAGCUGCAGUCCCAGAGAGCACAGACACGUGAUGAUGAUCUGAAUGUGUCGUGUUCGCCGUUAAUGCCCCAGAGACGUCAAAUUCCCCCUGUUUCCUCUCACACAGCGCCCUCUGCUGGGACACUUUAACUGUGUCACGUACUGUAUUUUAUUAUUAUGUUAAUGAAGUUUAUUUAGACAUAAAACUGAAGAUACUUUGAGUGUAGAAUGUUCUAUAACCAACAGUGGAGCUAAUAGAAUCCUUAAGGUUUAGUUAAACUUCACUGUCCCUUAAAUGUGUCCUCUGCAUUUGACCCGUCCUUCAGUGUCUCUGGGUUAAAUCAGGACGACCUUGGCUGGAGGAUUUGACCCGUUCUGCGUGUUUUGGGUUGAUUGGGAAAUAAAAAAGUGCCAGUAUUUGUGUACGACUUCCACUCCUGAUGCCACAGAGUCACACGACAUGAGCGUAUUUGUUUUAUUUAUAUUUUAAAGUUGAUUGUUUUUUUUGUUUCGUUUACGAGAGGCUGGAGGUAAUCCCACUUUUAAUAAUUACAGGCGCAGACAAUCAGAUGUUCACAUAAAUACCCCCUCUUUAAUGCCCCACAGACAUAAAUACCCCCUCUUUAGACAUAAA